UUGUUUCUGGGAAGAUGGCGGAAAGUAGGCCGAUUGGAGCCAAGCUUACACACUAACUUUUGAACAAGUUUUAAACUUUUGAUUUGCCAGUGUAGAUGUUUUGCACACCAUUCUGAAAUGAAAUGCGAAUCAGAUAAGGCUAAAGAAUGUCGUCCAAGGGACGCAAAAUCGCAAAACAUAUUGGAAAAUCACUUCGGAAAAAGUUUGACUUGGACGCGCUGUCAGAGAAUGACGAUCUGCAACAGAGGCUGACAGAUCUUGGUUCUUCAGAGAACUCUCCCACUCUCAUGGCCCAUACUUUGACAUGAAGUCCAGCAGUGCCCAACCUGUGAUUCAAAGUAUGGGCAAGAGCACAUCACUAAGUACUGUCAACGAAGCUGGAGAUGCUGCCCAAGCUGACUACAAAGAGAUUGCUGCUCUUGCCCAUGAUAUGAAGAACUUUGCAGAUAAUCUUACCAAGCUUAAGAUUCUCUUCAUUGAAGGCUUACAGCUUGGUGAUGAAGCCCGUGUAGUGUCACAGGAAUCACUGGAGGAGGUUCUGAGUGUUUUGAAAUCCACUCUGCAGCGUUACUCAGCACUACAGUCUCCAGAGAUUUUCGCAGCUGCAAGGGCACUUAUUAGCAAAAUAAAAUCUCAUAACUACGAGGAGGAGCUGGAUGAGGAGGAGCUGCAGACUCUGCUGGAGGCCAUUGAGGGACUGGCUAUCACCUUUAGCACCAGUGUAUCCAAGUACCUCAUGGUGGACUUUGGCAGAGAAAAAGCAGCUACUUCAGAGACAAAAACAAAGUCGUGCGAAAACUUGGUUAAGGGUAAAGAGGAAGAGGCUGGCAGUGCUAAGCAAGAUCAGAAAUCCAUGACAGCAGAUGAGCAAGAUGCAGCAAUGGCAAGAUUGGAUGCGGGCCUUGACUUGGCAUUAGCACGGGCAAAAGUGUGGUCUCGUUAUACUCGGGGCAUCAUCACCUAUAUUGAAAAGAAGUCACAGCUUGAAGUUGAAUAUGCAAAGAACUUAGCCCGCAUCACAAACAGCAUGCAAAACAGCUUUGCUGGGGAAGAUUAUCUGCCUCUUCAAUCUGUUUUCUGUGCUGCCUUAAAUCAGGAUGCUGAAUUUGCUGCCAAUUUACAAGCUACCCAAGCGGUGCUGCAUACAUCUAAAUUUGUGGAGCUUUUGCUUACAAGACGCAACGAACAUGACAGAAUGAGGAAAUCUGUCAAAGAAGCUUGGGACAAAGAGGUUAGGAAAAUGCAUGAGACAGUCAGUAACCUCAGAAAGGCACAAGCUAUGUAUAUAAGCCGUCAGCAGGAGUUUGAAAGGGCCAGAGAAGCCGUCUUGAAAUCUGACAGUGAGAAGCUUGAUAAACGCAAAAAGCUGGAGGAAGAGACCAUGCAUAAAGCUGCUGAAGCAGAAACAACUUACAAGGCAUGUGUUGCUGAAGCAAAUUUGAGACAAAGGGCUCUUGAGAAAACAAAGGGUGAGCUGUUGGCAACACUUAGAGAACAGAUGCUUCUGUGUGACAAAGACAUUAGAACUGUAGCUGUGGAAUAUUUUGACCUGCUGCACACUGUAUGGUCACCUUUACCUAUUCAGUAUCAGAUGCUCAGUGACAGCAGUAAAGAGUAUGAGCCUGGAAGCCAAUAUGCCGAGUUCAUCAUGCGACUGCCUGCUGGUACUUCCCGCCCUCACAAAACAGAAGAGUUCAUGUUUGAACCGUAUGUUCCUGGACAAAAAGCUGGUGAAGGAAGAAAGACUAGUGUGCAUUCUAAUGGAUCUUCUGGUGAACACAUGCAUUCAAAUGAGGGCUCACCUGUGUCCUCACCUCGUAGAGACAAGUACAGAAGUCCAGUUCGGGCAUGGUCCCAGACAGCCACACACACUGUUCAGCAAACAGGUGGCAGUGACACUGACAGUGCCAGUGGCAGCAGUAAGUCCCGGGACUCGUCACCAAGCAGUAGCCCUCAUGAUUUGCUAUGCCGCAAGAUUGUCUCUUCGCAGUCCCUUGAUGAAUUGACAGAGGAAGAUGGUGAAAAAAUCCAUGUUCAACAUGUACAAGAGAGGAGGGCUCAGAUGCGGCGGAACAUGACUGUGGCUGGAGAAGAGGCCCUUGAUUUACCUGGGCUGCUGGCGCAUCAGCAGGGACGCCGUAACACCACAUUUGGUGUGGACUUUCAGGAGCAGGUGGAGCGGUAUAAAUCACAGGUUCCUCCAAUCAUGACCAAAUGCUUGGCUGAAAUAGAACGCCGGGGAGUUAUGAUCAGAGGUAUAUACAGAGUUUCUGGUGUGAAAAGCAAAGUGGAGAGUCUCUGUCAGCGUUUUGACAUCAAUCCAGAACUAGUGGAUUUAGAAGAGGUGCACCCAAAUAUCAUCUCUAAUGUUCUCAAGCUUUACCUUAGACAGCUUCCUGAGCCACUGCUGACUUUCAGGCUUUAUUCUGACUUUAUCCACUUGGCAAAGGAGAGUAUGUCUGGGAGUUUACAGGGGGACAAGCUGGUAGAAUCUUUGAGUGCAAUAGUCCACCGUCUACCUUUGUCCAACUUUAAGACGUGUGCUGUACUCAUGCAUCAUCUGCACAGAGUUGCAACGCACAGUGAUGAAAAUCAGAUGAGCUCUAGCAAUUUGGGUAUUGUCUUUGGACCAACACUUCUCCGUCCACUGGAAGGAACAGCAUCCCUUGCUUCCCUUGUUGAUACGCCUCAUCAGACUCGUGCAGUUGAGCUGCUUAUCACUAAUGCAGAGGCUUUGUUUGGACCUGGCGACAACUUUCAGCUGUUCCCUGACCAGACACCUGUGGAAGCCAUGGAGGACUCGGCUGAUGGUCUUACAAUCAGUGUGCCAUCCAGUUCAACCGAGCCAAGUCCUGAAAAAUCUCCAGCUAAAGAGUCCACUGGAACAGCCGCUGCUUCAGGUUUCUCUCCCACAUCCAUGCCCUCAUAUACCCAUGCUGCAGGUGAUGCCCCUCCCUCCUCACUUCUGCCAGAAGACAAAAUACUGUUUGUGUCGGAGGAUGAACCUUCCUCCAUGCUAGAGCCUUCUGCUGCAGACUUCUCUUUGCCAGGAAGCACCACUGCCAGUCAGGAAGGUGAUGAUGCUGUGUUUGCAGAUCCUGCUAGUGGAACGGCACCCCUGGGCCAGGGGCCAGACACUGACGCAGAUGACAGCAGCAUGUCUGAUCUGGAUGAUGAUGAUGGUCUUCCAGAUUCUCUGCUCCCAGACAAGUCUCGUGGCCCUCUCUCACAAUCCCAUGCUCGCUUUCUCACACCACACUGUAUUGCAGGAAAUAACAUUGCUGUUGCUAAGAUGGUCCCAAGAUACGCUGUAGCCACUGCGCCACUGUCAUCAUUAGCAUGUACGCAGCCUGCAGCACCUCCCUCAGCAACUACACUGGCACCACUAUCAAAACCUGUUCCCCUAACAAUGAAAUCACCUGGACAACCGACUGAAGGUUCGCAGACAUCUGUUCCAGUGGCACCAUCCACAACAGCUGAAGCAUCAAAGCCAGAAACCAUUCCCUUAUUGCAAACUGUGAGCACAGUUCAGCAGCCAUUCCCAGCAGUGCAGCCAUCAUCUGCACCUCUGGCUGAGGCCGAAACAGAUGCUGCCUUCUCUGUGGUGGACAGCUCCACUUGGCCAGGGCCAGCCAGCCGGAUAUCAGGGAGUUAUCCCCUGAGCAUAGCUUUCAAGGGUCAUCCGUCAACUGCCUCCACCACUUCCCUGUCUUCAGUUUCUGAUGGCAACACCAGUCCUGGCCGAGAUAGCCGAGCAGAUCGCUUCAAACUAGAACAGAGGAAACUCUUGUCAGCCAUCAAGUCAGACCCUAAAUUAGGUAUCAUGCUGUCAGGUGAGAGUGGCAGUGUUAUAAAAGAUGUAACAAUGCCAUCAGUGGAUAGUAAAGUCAAAGCGAGUUCAGAGAACCAAGAUGAUGGUGCCAUGAAAACUAUCAUUGAAGAUGAAAACAAGGAAAGCAGUCCUAGAGAUGACAAACAAAGAAAGCAGUUGGUUAAAUCAUUUAGCUUAGAUGUCGAUGAAGAUAUUUGUAGUGCAGAGAUCAAAGAUAAAGAAGAGUUACAAAGGUCAGUCACAGGCAGGGAUGAUGAAAAAGGGAAAGUGGUCAACAGCCUGAAAAAACUGAGGCCAGCCAGACAUCGUUACAGACAGAGUCACCUCCCCGCGGAGGUACCAAGUUGGGAACAAGCUUAAUUUCCAGGUCAGACUUAUCAGCUAUGCGAUCCUCGUCUUCCAUCACUAGCAAGCCUGCAACAGCCUCUUCCACAAAGAUCCGCACUGCAACGACCAGUGCUGGUCAGCGUCGGGCAAACAUCUUGGGCCUAAGUAGUACCACUUCAGCUGGUGGGGUGGCUGGAAGCUCAGGCGUAAGCAGUGGUCGGCCUGUCUUGACACGAUACUCCUCCAGUACAAACAGUGGCGUGUCUGCUUCAUCUCCUCGACGUCCAUCUGGCUCACAAGCCACAGGUUCCACUUCACUUAGUCGCUCAUCGUCGGGACCAUCCAGCAGCUCAGGCCACAAGCACAGUGGCACAGUCUCCACAUCCAUCAAUACCAGCUCCAUGCGUCAUAGCUUCGAGUCAUCUCUUAGAUCUUACAGUGCCUCUUCAUCAUCUUCCACUUCUUCAGCCACAACAGACACAGCUUCUGCCUUCGUAAGGGUGGAUCUUCUGUAACAAGGAUCGGAGCAUCUGGAGUGAAAACAAGCAGCAGCUCUGUGGGGCCACCUAAAUCCAUUGCACCCUCCAGGACAUCUGUCAGUGGCAAGUCUGCAGAGGCAGGGACUAACAGCACCAAUAGAAACACAGUAGCUUCGGUUCCCACAGCACCCUCAUCCUCUUCCAAUCCAAGUCGAAAGUUUCAUGAAAAGUGCCAUGACCCAAAGGCUGGAGAGACAAGCUGCCAGACUUCUGCUUCCGGUGUUAUGGCCAAGGGACUGAGCCAGGACCGCACGCCACGCUUUGUGUAGACCAAACUAUUGCAUGUCAUGUUUUGUCAAGUGUCUUAUUUUUGGACCAUGUUCUCUAGUGUCUGGGGGAGUGCUUCUGUAACAUGAAUAAGGAAAGACAAUAGCAAGAAUGACUAAAUGUCUUGUGAGUGGACCUCAAAAACUGGUUUUUAAACUUAAAUGACAGAUUUCAUGCAUAUUUUGCAAAUUUUGUAUCUAACAAAUUAUUAAUUUUGUGUCUUUAGGCAAGAUUCAUUUUUUUUUCCCACUUUACAGUUUUUAUCAGUUUAUUUUGUAGCAACAAGAUUUUUUUUGAGGAUGCAAAACAGUAAGUUGUGAAAAAAUUUAUAAAGUAGUGUAUGUGCACACACUUAUUGGUGCAUACUUAUAUGUGUGCAUGCAUGUUUGUGUAGGUGCAUUCACAUGUCGAGGUGAGAUUGGGAGGGAAUUUGCAUGCAUUUAUGCUUGUGUCAGCAUGUGCAUAUAUUUCCACCCUAGUAUAAAGGUAGAUCCAUUUACAUGAUUGAUCUGUUGUGAAGAAAGAAUAUAGAAAGGUACCUUGACAUGCAGAUUGAGAUUUUGUACUUUCCACACCUGCUUAUAGUAUGUUCAGAGUAUAUUAAAGUCCUGGACACACCAGCAGCAAGAAAAUAUGGAUUUAAAAAAAAAUUUAAAGGUAAGAAGAGCUCAUGUGAUGUUUUGGGAUAGUUCUUGGCUUUCAUAUUUUUAUACAAAUAUGACUUUGUAUUGACAUACUGUUUUUAUUUAGCUUUGCUACAGCUAUAAAGCUGGCAGGGUUAUAGCAGCUGUUUUUUUUUAAAUGUGUAUUGUAUAAAGUUUAUUUGAGAGUUCAACUGAACUAGGAAUAUUGUAGUCUAAAAAGACAUGUUUUCCAUUACUUUUUAACACACUGUUUAAUACACUUUUAAAAUCCCUUCACAAAAUGUAUUCAAUAUCUGUUCCCAAGCUGUUUUUCUCCGUUUGCUUCAUUACAGUAAAAAAAUCCUUAUGGCAGAUUUGUACACUUCCAGGCUGGAGAACAAAGUAGCCAGUUUUAAAAUGUGAAAUUUGCAUCAUUUCACAUGUAAUUCCCUGCAUUUUUUUUUUUUUUUUUUUUUUUAGAACAGAUAUCAGAAGCUGUGAGAUAAAUUUAUUUACACUGUGUCCACAGUUUAUUGUUUUGCAGCAUUUAGACCACUUUAAUGCCAAGGCACCAACAUAACAUGUCGGCAAGAACUUUAGAUGUGGCAUAUGUCUUGAGCUUUGGGCAUCACCAGGGCAGGUGCCUUUGUCUUGACCUUUUUGCUGGAUCAGGACAUUGCUUUCUAGAUUCUGGACUGGUUAAUAACUGGUAUUAUCUUCUUUACCCAUAGAUAGUGUCUGUGCUCUAGGAUCUUGAAAUAUACAUGACACUGUAAUACUUGCACACCUUUAACGAGAUCAGAGAGGAUGUAAACUUCAUUUAUCUACAAGCUGAGUACACUGUAGUAUGUGUACACCUUAAGUGAUCAGAGAUGUGAUCUUGACCUGUCUUUAAUCCCAGAACCAAGAGCGUGUGGAAACCUGUUAGCUUGGCUAGAGUUAGUCUUGUUUCUUAUGCUUGGACUUUUGUUCUAUAGAUGCAGUCUGUUUAUCUUGUUGUUUAUGCCUGCAUUUGCUUAAGUGAUGUGAGGAGACGUUUACACGUACAUUUGUUUCAAUGAUGAUGACAGGAUGCAUAUUGCUUUUUACAUCGACUAAAUCAUCUCAUAAUUUGAUGUGAUGCAGUGAUGUUCUGCUGUCUAGUCCUCAACUUUCUAUUAUGGACUCCUGAAACCACACCCUUUUUUUCCUGCAGUCAUCUAGAAAAUUCAAGGAUUGAAUCUCUCUUCGCAAUCCUUGUAAACAUCCUUACUGAGUUUGUGCUGAGCAAUGUUUGCUACAUGUAUGGCUUAUUGUCAUGUCACACCUCUGUGGCAACUUGAAGACUCCUAGUUGUUGCAAAUCAUAAUACCACACCAAAGUGCUAAGGUGAUUUGAUUAGACCAUGUGCAUCAUUUCUGUGGGAACUGCAAACUUUCCUCAGACAGUAAAUCAAACAAGGCCCUUUGGCAGAGAACUGUGCUGUCAGGUGACUUCUGUUCACGGUGUUCUUUGCAUCAGGUUUCAUUAGCUUGCCUCGCCCAUAUCUUGCUUAUGAAGACUGAUAUUCAGGCCUGCAUGGGUGGAAGUAUCUGUUUCAUGCCAGCCUAUGUAUUGAAUGAGCUAUUAUCACAGGGUGUUUGGGACUGCAUCUCAGGACUUGAUGCUUCUUGCUGAAUUCUUAGUCAUCUUAAAGCAUGCACUGUGAUACAAGGUGUGCAAGCGAACUACACAUAAACUUUAUAAUUCUAUGUUGGUCUUGUUUGCCCCCUUCAUUUCUUAUUUUAGGACUUCUUCACAACAUAUUAUUCUACUAAUACAUCUUGGAGACAUUGUAAUUAAGGUGAGAUCUGUCAAGGGAGUUGUAAAUUUUGUCCUUUGCUGAUGGACUAUACAUAAUGUGAAAAGCCUCUGCUUGAGUAGAUACAUAUUUAUCACGGACCAUCAUCAGUAAAGGUCCGUGACAUGCAUUUUUUAUUAAUUUUUUUUUUUUUUUGUCUUUAAAUUGUAUCCAUAGAAAAACUGGUGAAUACUUUUUUUUUUGGUUAAUUUUUGUAGUGUGUAGUGUGCUGUCUCAAAAACUGCAAUAUUUUCAUGUUUUCAGAGUUUUGUCUUUUAUCGCAACCUCAAUAGAAAUCCAUAUUUGUGAAGGUUUGGGGCACUAUUUAGGGUAAAUUUGCCUUUAAUCUACUGGAAUAAUAUGCCAUUUCAGCCACUUGGUAAAGUGUAUAGAAAAAUGUUUGUCAGUUGGCUGAAACAAUUUUGUACUUUCAUUUAAGAAUGGUCUUUAGGUUUGGUUUUGUUUGGUUUUUUAGGUAGAUUGCUUUUUAUUAUUAAAAAAUAUUUUUUCCAUAUUUUUACAAGUAAAAAUAACCAGGGUAAAUUUCAGUGAGUGAAUGAGCUAUGUAAGGAAUGAAGCUCUUUGCUUCAUAAUUUCUUUUGUAAGAAAUGUUGAGGGUCAGUGCAAAGUUUGUGUCCACCCUUGAUCAUUAUUUUGACUGGUUCACAAAUUUCACUCAAUGACUUGAUAGGAAUCAGGAACACCCACUUCUAGUCUUGGGGAGAAAACAAUGUUUGGGAGAUGUCUUUUUCUAUGGGCCUAUGUUAUUGGUAACGAGUAGAAGAUGAACCCAGAUGUUUCAUGAAAAUAAAAUAGUUAAUUUCUGCAUUAAUGGCUCAACACCAUCUAGACAGUUUAAAAACAAUUAAUUGUUAUUUCUUGAAUUCCGUUACUGUGUGUGUAUGCAUGCAAUCGCACAUUUUUGGCAUCAGCUAUAUUAACGUUUAUGCUGGCCUGGUGUUUUCAUAAUUCAAGUGACUUCUUCAAGUUGUUUUGUUGAAAAAUUAAUUCUUAGAAAACCAAUGCAUUGCCAUAGAAGCUGUGACAUGGUGCUAGUAUUAAAUCUAGUGUAGGAUAAAGGUCUGGGGAUAUUGUGACACUAAUCAGAAUUUUACUGAUACCAUUACAUUUCCUAAAUAUUACAGAUUGUUAUGGGACAGUGACAGCUUUAUAUUGUUCAGAUGUGAUGAGAUUUGAAGAGGUGUAAUAUUAUUGGUAUAGAUACAAGCUGUGAGCUAUUACUGUACACUGUAUGUGUGUCCAUUAUAAAAUGGUAAGUAUGAUAUUUGGUGCCUUGUUCUAUCGGAUGUUGUGACCCAGAGGUCUAACAUGGAUAUUAUUGUGAGCUGUUCAUGAUACAUCUAAAGAUCUGACACAUGUGACACUAGAUUUAUUUUGUUGCAGUGGUAUUUUUAGAUUUAAGAUAUUACUACUGACUGAUUAAUGACCAUGACAUUUUAGGUCCAUGAGGUAUAUUACUCUAUACAAGUCUAACAAAUUGUCUGUUUAAACUGCCCACCGGGAAAAAUAAAGUUGAUCAUUGUCAGUGACAGGAAUGAUAUUGUGGAAUACUCUAGAAAACAGUCCAGGGAGAGAGAUGAACAAAUUUGAUAUUAUUCUAAGCAAUUAUUUGACAGCAUUCGUAGAUCUUAUAGUUGUGAUAUUACUGUUAUAUUACUCUAUGAUAUUACUCUGUUAUAUACAUGUGACAGUUGUGAUAUUACUGCAUAUUGCAUCUUGGUUAUACCAUGUGUAGAUCAAAGAUGCGCUCGCUAUUUGAAAUCAUGUCACUCUUAGACAUAGACAACCAUCUUUAGAGUUGUGUCCAUCUAUGAUCAUCAGUUAAGCCCUGUCUCUGUGGGUGAGUGUGUGUGUGAGAGAAGUGAGAGACUUAGGCAGACCAAGGAUUUUCUUCCACCACCACCUCUUUCAUCCAUUUGAUCAUUAACUUGUGAGGUGUACGUUAUAGGAGCUUUCCAUGUUUCUGAUCAUCUUCAUUGUCCAGGUCCUGUAUAACUUUUACAUUUCUUGCAUGCAAACAUGACCUACUGGUAUCUCAGGAUCUUUUGGUAUUCAGAAUGGUAUAUGCACCUUUAGACAAUUAAAACCUGAGCAUAAAUUCCCGUUUUAAUAACUUGGACAAUCAUACAAACAAAGUAUUUCAGAGCUUGGGAAACAAAUCCAGUUUUAUAGUUUGAAGUAUCUGAUUUUGCUGUUGCAUGUACCAGACUUUGAUGAUUCUAUCAUUAUAUUUAAUACCAAAUGAUACAUUUUUAAAAUAGACUUAAGAGCUACAACAGGAAAAAAAAGAAAGACUUAAGUGCAGGCGUUACAAAAUGUAAAUAAUUCUGUUUGCUUUUUGCUUUACAUCUGUUUAUAAAACUGCUGGUGAUCUUUUUUUUUUUAAGAUUAUACAAUUUCUUUUCAUGCCUGGUAAUUCUGUCUCCGUUAAGGUCCCAGAAAAAAACAGGUAUGUUUCCAAAGUAUUGAGCAUAAAAUUUACUGUAGCACUAACGAAAUUGUGUGUACUAUAAAGCUAAAAUCUGAUUUUGAAGUGAUACAAUUAUUUUGUUUUACUGGAUUUUGAUACACUGACUUUUGAUUAUUUACUGUAGUUGGCAAGCAGGCAUUGGUGUCUGCCUACUGACACAGUAGCAGUCAGUGUUAUACAGCAUACCCCAUAUUGCAGCAUGUUAAGAUGAUUAAUGUGUGAUUACAUGCACGAGGGGAAAUGGACAGACAGUCCAUCUUACAUAUAAGCCUUUUAAAAUUUUGGCAAAUCUUUUUAAAGUUAUUUACUUUUUUUUUUUAAAUUUCGCUCCAUAUUCACUGCUUAGCAUUUAUCCAUACAUACACCAUCUCAAGAUUCAUGGAAUACAGUUUUCCCCAAAGCUGAAUGAAAGUUAAGGACCUUGUUUGGCAAGCCACAAUCAAAUAAUUAAAAAUGAAGACCAAGCCAUAGCUGUGCAUCCAAUUUUAUACUCAGCUAUCAGCUAUGCUGAAGCAGUUUGUGUUUAACUAUGUCCAGUGUUUAGUAAAUGUACUCAGCACACCUGUAUACUCUGUAUAAUGUAUACUAGUCAAUUAGGGGACAAUACUGUAUUUAGCUGUGGUUACUUUUGUUUGGUCACACUCAUUGUCUACUCAGAGAUUUUUAUCCAUGUCAGACUGCCUGGUGAGUAAAGACCUAUGCUGAGGUAACUCUCCCAGUCCACAACAUUUCUUAAUCUCUGCUGUUGUACAAUGGUCUUUUUUACUGGUACAUAAUAAAAUGAUUUAUUUCGA